CAUUUUUUUAUAUCUUCUAUCUUUACUCUUGCAGAUAUUGGAAAGAUCUACAUUGGUGUUCAAAACACAAGCACUGGCCUUCCAAUUGUUGAGGACUACAUUUUUACUGAAGCUGACACAAACAAAACUAUCCCUGUCUAUGCUCUUGUUUUCAGUGGUGCUAACCCAACAAUUCGUGUGCCAAAGAAUGAAGAUGUGAGUGUUUGUAUAAAAUGUAAAUAUUAUUAUAUUUUUCAAAAACAUAAUUUUACACCAAAUAAAAAUUCUAUUAUACUUCUUUGCAAACCUUGGCAGAGAAAUGUAUGGAGAUAUUUGGCAUUAAAUUUAGUUGGUUGAAUUUUUCUUUUUAUCCCCCCAGAUAAUAAUCUACUGCACAGUUUCUGAAACUGGAGUGGGCUUUUCUGAAAUAACUGUUAUUAAUAAUGUAGCUUUGCCUGCUACAAUUAAUUCAACCACUAUCUCCCUGAAGUAAGUACAUUUUAAAAUUUACCUGUUGUUCGUUCAUCCGUUGACUAGGAUGUUGGGCUAAAUGUAAGGUUUUGGAGGAUCUGGUUGGUGCUGGGCCUAAUACUUUUUUUGUGUUAAUGAUGAGACAGAAGUUUGUGUGGGCAUUCAAGAAGUUUGCUACAUUGCAUUGUAUAUUAGCCCCCGAGUCAGCAUUUGGGGCACAUUCAUCAGCAUAUUGAAAGUUCCUGAGGUUGUCUGUCAGGACCUUGGAUUUGGCAUGUUGUGUCCUUUGGUAAAGGUGGGGGGGGAGUCUUCCAUUUCUGACUGAUGGGCACCUGCCGGAGCUGCUUUUUGGUUUCAUCGUUGAUGGAUGAAGGAGGAUUUAGGAUGCUCUCAAAGUGCUCUGCCCAGUGUUAGACAAUUUUUUCUUUCUGAGUAAUCGGAGUUUUCUCCCCAGCACUCAGAAGUGGGGAGCAUCCUGAUAUAGACUUCUUUGAGAGCAGAAUAAAAAUUGCUUAGAUCUCGUCUGUCCACAAAGCCCUGUAUCUCGGUCAGCCUUGUCACAAAACCAUUUAUCCUGCAUUUGACGUAGCUUUUGCUGCACCGUUCUACGUAAGUUGUUGUAUUCAUCUUUCCUUGGAAAUGAAUUGGAGUUGUGAGGACAGUAUUUUUCCCCCAGCGGCUGCUUGAUUACCGUACAGUUUUCAUCGAACCUGUCUUGAUGAUUUUUGGAGCUUGGUCCAAGAAACUGCAUAGUGGUGAGAUGCAUAUGUUUUGAGCAAGUGUGCACCCAGGAUGUUUGAUUAUGCGUUGGAAGAUGAAAGAUUGCAUUUGUAAUCAGCAGUUUGCACCCAGUGCAAGUCUGGAGAAAAAGGAGACAGCUACUAUUGCAAUAGGUCACUCCAUACUACUACAUUACCCAUGCCAUGCGAAACAAUCAAAUCCCACUUGAGCGUUGUAGUAAAAAAAAAAUUAUAAGCCUGUCCUUCUUCAGAACAUGAGCUAUGACAGAAUGAAGAUCCUCAUAGAGCUUGUGUUCGUCUGCAUUGGUCAUUGUUGGAGCAUAGCAGCUGAUGAUGUUGGGAUGUUUUCUUCCAGAUAAGUAGGGGAGUUUCAUUGUCAUUAUUCUCUCAUUGACUGCCUUUGGAAGUCUAGCCAGCAUUCUAAUCAGAGCAACUUUGUUAGCGAAACCAACACCUGCAGCACAACAUUCUUUGCAAGCUACAGCUUCUUGGAACCACAGGUGAGAGCUGAGCAGCAUGUGGGGACCAAAGAUUGAUUAGCUGUUCCAGAGGGGUACCACUGCUGCACAAUGAGAGUUACUAAUCCCUCCAUAACUACCCAAUAUACCAUAUUGUUUUUAUCUAAGGAGGAUUUGUUAAACCUAAGGUUCCUGUAGGAAGCUUUUGUUGUUUUUUUAAAAAAUGCUUCAUACAUCAAACAAAAAUUUGAGAAGUUUAGAUAAAAUCCAACUGUUGUUAAUGUUUGAAAAUCUUAAGAUUCAAAUUUUUGUUAGAAAAAUGAUUUUUAUAUUUAUACUAACAUUUGUUUCCAACCCACCAAAUUAAUUAUAAGUACAUUCUAUUUGGGCUGCACAUAUCAUACUGCAGAUAAUCUGUUAACUGGUAAUGGCAGAACUACUCAGCAAUUGAAAAAUGAUAUCUAGUUGUUCGGUAUUAAAUGUAGAAAGUGUUACUAGAAUCCAGGGUAUUUUUAUGAGAUUGCAUUAAAUUUGUACCAAAUUAGGGAUGUGCAAUAUAUCCUAAAUGGGCCAUCAUACAUUCCUCUUCCACCCACCCCCUACUGUCAAUUUUUUAUUUAUUUUGUGACAUCAUUAGUGUUUACACUAUGUAAAGGAUCAGGGGGGGGAGUGGGGGGGAGGGGGUUGUGGGUGGAGGAUGCUGAGAGUUAAAAUCAAAUUUUACAAAUUGUGUGUAUUUCCCAUGACCACUUUAUCAUGUUUGAGACUAGAAGUGCAAAGAGAGGAGCUGAGCAGUGGCAACUUACCCUAGCACCUAGUACUAUUUUAGAUAAGAUGUGGCCUAUUUUGGAGAAAUGAAAUGCUUUAUUAUUUUUUUCAAUAAAUAGCAUUUGUCAACUUUUCAAUACUAGCACAUUGACCAUUUAAUACUAUAUCGCAACCAUAAUUAUGUACAUUAAAAAUAUUUGUAAUACUUUCAGCUUGAAUAAGGCUGGCCGACCUGUUCAAAUAGCCUGUUUUGGCUCUUCACCAUCAUCGGUUUGUCCCGCCGUAGUUGGCGGGGCGCAGUUCUGUAAUGAGACUUCUCGUUCAAAUAGUGUGUAAGUCAAUGAUACAAAUCAUAAAUUUAGUUAACUAAAUCUAAAAGAUGAAACAUUAACCUUACUGGGCUUGUUUCUUUAGCUAGCAGGUUUGUGAUUGACAAAACCUUUUUGACUGAAGUAGUAGAACUUUGAACUGCACAAAAUGGGUAUUAUAAAUAAAGGAGAGAAAAUUUGUUAACAUAAAAUGAGACAUGCAUUUCAACAUCCAGUAGGGACAACUCUUUACAAAGGCUUCCAGGAAACCUGUGUACUGGUAUAGGAAAAAACCUAUACACACAAAAUGAACAUAAAAAUAAUAACCAUUCAUUAAUUGCAUUAUUUAAAUUAGAUCUAGUUAUAAUUUUCCUAGAAUACAAGCAAUCUUGUCUGUCUUCUUAUGUUAUGUGUAUUAGUUUAGAAUCUCAAGCAGCAGAUGUCUGUUUUAAUUUUACACUGUAAACUAGAUACAUUGGGUCACCAUUGAGUCUGUCUCCACUGUCAGUUUGUUGUAUUAUUUUUAAACACAGAUGAUCAAAUGCUUUUUGGAAUGUAGGCAAAUGUUUUAUUAUUAUAAGUUAGAGAGCUAUAAAGUAAACUUUUUGAUCACAAAAGACUGAUAAUACCCUGUCUCUGUUGCUAAUUUUGAAAAAUUUCACUUUCACUUUAUUUUCUUGUAAGUUAGGCUCAACCAGUUUUAAUUGAUUAAUUCAACCUUCAGAGAGUAAUAGAAAUUGAAAGAAAUAUAAUAAAUAUAAUAAAUAUAAUUCCUCUUAGAUGGCCAGUUUCUAUAAUACGCAUACAACUGCAAUAAGUAAGCGAGUGAUCUAAAGAAAUGAAAAACAGACAUGCUAAAAGGCACUUACAUUACACGAUUAUGCUAGUGUCAACAAUAUAAGUCAUGAAAAAAAAAUUUAAUAGAAAUGAAGAGAAUGCUUGGAGGUGCUGUUGUUCUUGUUUAGAUUUACAUAAGAGAGGAUGGGGGUGCCUUCACUUACACAUCAUCCUUCUAUCAGAAUUGCUUAAGUAUUACACAUCAUCUUUCGUUCAUAAUUGCCUAGACAAUCAUGUAUCGUUCUAUCUUUCCAUUUAGGCUAGACUUAUUAUGCUAUAUUACACAUCAUAUUUUCUGCAGCAUCGUCUGGUUAGUUUUAAACUCAUGCAAAGUGUUGUUAGUGAAUUUCAAAAUGGGGGUUCAUUCACGUUCAAAGACUAUUUAACUGCCAUGUCACAAAACUUUUAUGGUUUUAAUGCAUUUUUUCCACAGUUCAGUAGCUGUCCAACCCCGUGGAACUAUCUCACUAUGUGAUACUUUUUAUAGUGUCAAAAAUAAUCCAGGAGCCACUGGGACAACACCAUAUCAGUUUGGAGUGAGACUCAGGUGAGUGAUCUAUAAAUUUAUACUCAUUAUUUUAAGAUAUAUAAAGUGCCCAAAGACAAAUAAAAAUGUAAUGUCAAAUAAAAAUUGCAAAACAUGUGUAAUGCUGAGAGAUUGUUGUCAGCCAUCAGUGUACUGCAGAAAUUGAUUUAACCAAUUAGUUUUUAUAAUAGGAAAAAAUGUCAUGUCACACACUCUUGUAAAUUCUUGUUAAAUAUUUAAUUAAUAAAAAUGAUUAAAAGAUAUAAAUAAAAAUAAUUUUUUUAAUUAUUGGAAAAAUUACUUAAAUAGCAAUACAAAAUUGUAUAGUCUUUUCUUUUCAAGACAUUGUUCAAUCACAUUCACAUCAUUUCUUCAUUAACUUGUCUCCAGUCAGGUACCUGACAGUGAUGUCACUGCAAGUUGUAGUGCAAAUCCAGGUAAGUGUUUAAAUCAAUGAAAUUCAAUUCCUCAGUGUGAACACAUUGGGUUAUUUUUUAUUUUAGCUCAGAAAAGAUACACAAAUUAUUCACAAUACAACAGUUUCAUGAUGCUUCGAUCAACUGCAUUUAAAAUCAUAUGCCUCUGUAGAACAAUUGUUGGGGAAAUAAUCUCAUAGCAUGUAUCUGAAUAUUAUAAGUUUUAAAGAGCAGCAAUGAUUGUUGGUUAAAUAUUCACUUGAAUGCUCAGGAUUUAUUGAUCAAAUGUUUUAAUUUUUGUUACAGGAACUGAAAUUUUAUUCUAAAUUUUUUUUUAAUGAUUGUUAAUUAAAAAAACAAAACAUUAUAAAUAAAUUUGCCCCAUGUUUUCUUUUAAAACAUGACAACUUUCGUCACCUCUAUUGUUUAUAUCAAGCGUUUAAAAAAUUUAAUUUUGUCAAUAAUAAAUCUUGUAAUUAAUCUAAAGCCCACUCAAGUUUUGAAAUGUUUAUCAAAAUUUUAUUUAUAAACAGUCUAAAUGGAAAGAAAGUCACACCAACUAUCAACAUAAUCACUCAAACUGUGUGCACCUGUAGAUGAGUAAUAGUUUAAAGAAGAAUUGUUUUUUAUCUUUUUAAACUUGUUUCUUCCUCCCCCCCUUUUCCCCCCAGCCAUCCUAAAUAUUUCUUCAGCAGACAUUCCCAGUGGUACAAUCAGCAAACAGGUAUGAGUUAAGGAUUAAAUAGGGUUCAUAUCAAUUUUUAAAAAAUGCUUAUCAAGAAGAAAAGCAUGAAUUUCAUCACAGAAUUAUACAUUUAAGAUACAGAUGGUGCAUGGGCAUGUGCUUUGGUACCUUGUCCAACCAUACAGUUUAUGUCAUUUAAGCUGUUUUCAGCUUUGUGAGCAAUGCUUGUUUUGUCUUUAUGCCCCUUUUUGUUUCUUAAUAUUUUACUGCAAACGAAAAGACUCCCCGAUGGUAUUGUAGUUAGUGAGCUCUUUCGCUGUUAUACAAUUUUUUCACCAGCAAUUAUGUCUGGUUUAUUUGACAAUAUCAACGUCUAGUCCAGUGAUAUUUUCUGUACUCUGCACAUCCCUCAAAUUUGUUUGGACUUAGUCUCGCACCUCCCACAAAUUUUUCUACUAAGUCUCUCACACCUGCACUUUUUUUUUACCAAGUACCCCUAAAAAUUGUUUUACUAAGUCAUGCAGGCCCUCCAAAUUUUCCUGGUAUGACACCCCCUACAAAUCGUUGUAUUAAGUACGGCACGCACUGAAAAAGUAACAGUGCAUUUUAGAAUGUUAAAAAAUGGAUUUCUAAUAUAACUAUUAUUUUUGAAUUGCUGAGAGAAAUUUAGAGCUUUGAAAAUAAGCUUACGACAUGAUAAUAAAUGAAGGACUGCAUUCCAGCUGUGUGAAGGAAAUAGUGUAACAAGUGAUGUGGAAGCUUGAAAUAGAAAGACAGGACAAUAAAAGAAAAAUUUUUCGGCUAAGAACCUUCCCCAGCAGACAGGACAAAUGAAGAAACAACAAGAAAUAGAAAGUAGUUCAAAAACUUAAGUGUUUGCCUUGUAAUGCUGAGGAAGGUUCUUAGCUGAACUUAUUACAUAAAGCAAAAUGUUAAUGAAGGAAUUUUUAAAAAUCUAAACAUUAAUGCUUUAAAUGUCUCCUCUGUUCGUGUAGUCACUUUUCCUUGCAACCCCUGAAAUGCCAACUCGCACUCCAAGCUGGGAAAUCCUGGUUUUAGUUUAGUUUACCAGUAGUUUGGGGUUGUUAUACCUUGACCAGAAUUGCAAUCCUCACAGUUCUGGUUACGGCUGGAUUCAGGUACUGGAUGCAAGGAAAAUUGUGUCACAGACUGUUCAUAAUAUUAGGUAGUGUCGCCUUUAAUGUUUAUAGAUAAUAUUGACAAAUCCAACGUUCAAUGGACUGAAAUCAUACAUCAAAAAAUGACCUGUUCCCAUCCAACCAGAUCCCCUAUGGAACAAUAAGUGUUAACACAGGCGAAUCUGCAACAGUCACCUGCACAGCCCAGUCAAAGACUGGUAAUCAGUUUGAAACUGCAACUUGUGAGUCAUUCACUAUCAUUACAUUCACUAAAACUGGAAAACUAUUAUGAAGAGUGAACAAAUGCAAAACUUUGGUUACACACAUAAAAUAAAGUACCAGUGGAUUAUUAAAUUUGACUCAUGCAUAAACUUAAGCAUGUUGUAUGAUUAAAACAAAAAAACAACAUAUUAUUUCUGUUAACAGAAUAUUAUCUUUAUAAGAGAAAUUAAAGAAAAUAAUCACCACAUAACCUGUGCUCCCAAUCUGUACUGGAUUGAAAAUUAUACUUAAAAAUAUAUAUAUUUAUAUAUAAAAGAAAUAAAUUUAAUAUUAAAGUCAAGUUAUAAGGGGCAGCAGUAAAUUUUAGAUGUGCAUGUGAGUCCACUCAGAGAACCAGAAGGGAUUAUACGUUUGUAAAUGACCAACUUGUUUAUUUCAUAAUUUCCAGUAACAUCAGGUAGUGCUCAGUUUAUUUUGAGGGGUAACUCUGUCAGUCUGAAACCAGAGCGAUCAAGGAUUUACAACACUACAGUCACUGUGAGUUAUCUUCCUUUUUUUUUCUUAGAAAAGUAAAGCAUCAUUUAUUUUAAAUAUCUUUACUUAAAUUCUUCUCAAAUAAUUUUUGAUAGCCAAUUCAAGUGUAUAGCUGUGGGCAAAGCCAAGUAUAGUCUAUAGCUAGUGAGCAAAGCCAAGUAUAGUCUAUAACUGGUGAGCAAAGCCAUGUAUAGUCUAUAACUAGUGAGCAAAGCCAAGUAUAGUCUAUAGCUAAAUAUAACUCUAAAUUUGAACCCUUGGUCUACAAUUUAUUCAAUAUUAUUUUCAGUCUAUAUUUUCACUGAGUGAAGCCAUCGCUUCUGGUUCUGCAACAGCACAAGUGUCCUGUCUGGCAUAUCUUGUAUAUUCCAUUAGUGAGGCAGAAGCUGCCAUAGCCAAUCCAGUUUGUGAAGGAAGUUCAAGUAAGAAAACUGCAUCAUUUUUUAAAAAUCUUUGAAGUACUCAAAAUGUCACUCAAUAUGUCACUGGGUAUUUUGUAAUGUUUGAUACAGAAUAGUUGGGUUGAAUAAGGCAUUGAAGCUACGGUUACACCCUGAGUAGGACACAUUCUCUGUUGCUAUCAAAGAUCUGUUCAUGAUGCAUUUAAAAUAUUUACAAUUAAAGAAAUAAACACAUCAAACACAUAUUUUUUUUCCCAGCCACCACAUCAACAACGACCACAACCACUAGCACUACAACCACCACAACUACAACAACUCCUGUAACCUCCAAUGGCAGUACAACUGCUGCCCCAACAACAGCUGCACCCCCAGCCACCCCUGCCCCAACACCUCAAGCAGACCCCAAUUCAGAGUGGACUGUGAUCAACCCUCGAUUCGACAUCCCAGUAAGUUUCUGUAUUAUCACUGAAAGAUUUGAUUGCUGUCAAAAAUUUUAAAAAUAAAUUUCUGUAAGCUUGCAAUUUUGUAUUGGAAUCCAGAGUAAUCAUUAUUAGUGUUAUUUACUCUUUUUCUUUUAACACUUUUGGUUUAUUUAUGUAAAGAUAAUAAAAAUAUCACCACAUUAUUAAGCCUUCAAUUCUUUCUCAUAGAUCUGUUUGUUUCCGCCAGUUGUCUUUGGCUGGUUUGAUGAACUUAUGAAUAAAAACAAUUUCCUGUGCUACCAAACAGCCAUUUUUUGAUUCAGCUUUAAAUCCUCAUUGUUUUAAAUCUUUCAGAGCUCACCCAGUCAAGGAAUCUACAGCACUGUGACUACCCAGCGUGUGAAAAUCCCCAUAGACGUUAGGACUGAGAUUGUGGUGACAGUCUGCUGUGUGCCGCAGAGCAGUUCCAACUCUCAGUUCCGAGACAAGAGGGCAGCGAGCUACGCUGUGGCUAGCCUGGCUCCAUACGUGUGUCAGGGAUGUGCAAAUAAUCAAAGUACGCUAGUUUCUAGUACCUUGAUUGUAUCUGCUUUGAUUUAACUUUACCUUUUAUGGUUUCAUUGACCUUGUCUUCAGACCCCAUGUAUUGAAUUCUCUAUACUAAACAUAAUUGUAAUAACUUAAUAAUUAGAACUAAUACUAUUGGUAAUAUGUUAGAGCAGGGGUCAGCAACAUUUUUGGAGGGGCCAAUUUUUGUUUGGUACCCAAUGAAAGCUUAACCAUUUCAUGAUUCUUGUGUCAAUAUGUCACAGAGAAAUAACCAUCUAUUUUAUAGCAAGAAAAAGCUACCCCCUUUUUUUUCUGUAUUUGUUAUAUGGGAAAUUCAAAAUCCUGCCGAUAUUCACGUCUCAUUUUAAUAAUACUGUACAAUUAUUAAAUUCUUUAUAUUGGACUCGAGUUGGAAGCUCAGAAACAGCUAGUAAUGUAAAUUUUAUAUCUUUUCCUUACAAAAAACAUAGCCAAAGGCUUUUUAAAAAUGAGCCUCCGCUAACUAAAAAAAUCUACAUCGAUUGUGGGAAAACCCUUAUUUAAAAAACGGAAGGAUGGGGACUGAUUUUCACCAAGAUGGCGGCGGCCUUGGUAUUAUUAAAUUUGGCAGAAAGGAACGUCAAUACAUACGUUAAAAAAAAAGAGCUGCAUCUACUCCUUUUAACGGCUACAUGCGGCUCCAGAGCAGUUGGUUGCCAACCUCAGUGUUAUACCUUCAUUAAAAUUUAUUUUAAAAAUUAGCAAAACUUCUAUUUGAGUGUUUUUCAGGCUUGAGUUUUUUUUUCCAAUCUGUUAUUCUUGUAUAAUGGACAGAGGUGCUUCAUCCAUUCAAAUUUAUGUUUGCAAAAUUAUAUACAGUAGGCCUACUCCAAUGAUAGCCUUAUUAAAUAAAAUACUCCCUCUGUGAGAUAAGAACACACAAGUUAGGAUGUCCUCAAAAUUUUAAUUCAGAACAUUAGAGAUAUGUUCAGGAUAUUAGGAAUGUCAAGAAAAGGAUUUUACACCUCAGAGAUGCAUUAAAAUAUUAGUGGUGUCGAGAGAAUAAUUUGACAAGGUGUUAUAGAAUUAAUGUUAAAGGGAUGUCACUCUUAGCUCUGCAAAUAUCCUUUUUUCAAUAAAAAUAUGUCCAAAAUGUUAGUCCAUUUGAAACGUGAUAAUGUAAUCUUAAUGGAAAGUGAUGACACAAUAAUGUAUUUGUUUUCCAUCUCUCCAUAUAUAAUAAUGCAGAAGCAGACAUUCGCUUAAACAAAAACGGCUUGAAAUGCCUCUUAAAAGUUUUGUGUAGUUUCCACAUUUUUCAAAUGAACCCCGUGCGUCCGUCCACAGCCGUGUUAAAUCCAACAGAGGAGAGGGUGCUGCAGAAUCCUGGCUACGUGGCGGUGGCCCCCUGUGCCUGUGAUCUCACACGGUAUGCGUGUGACAUCAACUGUUGCUGUGACACAGUAAGUUGUCAACUCCUACUGUCUUCUUGGAUUGAUUACAUUCGUCAGUUCUUUCAUACGUUGAAGCGUCGUACUAUUCUUACUAUCAAUUAACAAACUCAACUCCUUUUCAUAAUAACUAUAACUUUAAUAUCUAAGUAAAUAUAAUAAACAUCCUAUCACUCCAAGGUUCCACUCAAGACUGCCAGCACGACUAAAACAUACGUCACAACACUGCAUAGACAAUACGUCACGACUCAGCAUAAAAAUACUACGUCAUAAAGACAAUGGCGGGAAGAGCGUUCACUAACUAUAAUAGUCAAGCGCGGGAAAAGCGUUCAACAACUAAUGAACAUAAUAUUGAGUCGCAACAAUUCCUAAUGAACGCUCAUACUCGACAUAAGUUAAAGGGCUUUACCUAAUUCAUUUAACAUCAGGGCGGCCAAACCCCCAAUGAUUGGAUCUUUCCAUUCAAAAGGGUCAUGAUAUGUUAGUGUUUGUAAUCAUGCACUGUUACUCACCACAAGUGCUGUUCAUGGAUGUAUGGAGUGGUGACUAAGUGCUACUGGAAAUUUGUGCGGAACCAAUUAGUAUGCAACCAGUUUCUACAAAGGAAUCUUGUUUGAACAUAAACAUUACUUCAUAGGAAUUUUAUAAUUUACUCUUACUAAAUUCAUCAUAGAAUCACUAUAUAUAUAUUUUAAUUUAAUUUUUUUUUUAAAUUCCUUUGGAAAUUAUCUCAGUCAUACAAAUUUAAUUUUGUAACAGACUUCUGCUCAAACUAACAAAUGGGUUUGGUACAAAUUUCCAGCUACAUUUACCAAGGUGGAAAAUCUGACCCAUUUUUUAUUUUGUGUCUAGAUUUUAAAAAAAUAAUCCAUAUUAUUAUUAUUGUCUUUGCAUAAUUAUUGUACAACUGUCAGUAUCAAAGGUAGCAACUUUGAUUGCCAACACAUGUGCCAAAAUGGGGCACAGUUGGCUAAAGUUUGGACCCUUGUCUUUAUUCCUGAUGUUUAAUUGGUUAUCAAAAAAUCUAAACAAAUGCAGUAUGUCAAUGUAAUAUUCGAGAUAACACAUGUUUAUACGUCAUUUAGGAAUGCAGCACCAGAGAAAAGGCCAGAUUUAGCGGGUGCAUUGCAGGCCUGUCUGGCGGACAGUCCCCGGAGGACCAGGACUACAAAUGUUCAUCUAAGGCUUUCAAUCCCACCGACUGGCACCUGGUCACGUGCGUUUACUGGGAGAACAACGGUUAUCUGGGCAUGUACUACCAGAGCCGAAGCAAGCUGAAGAGCUCAGAUGAAUUCAGUCAGGAGGUCGCACAGAAAAGCAAAGGAAGAUUCACCUUUGGGUAAGAUUAUCAUGUCAAUGUUACUCCGAGUCAGCUGAAAAGUUUCGUUUUAAGGGCACAUUCAUUUGACAGGAUGAUAAUAGUGUCAGGAGCUCUAUAAUGAAUAUUUCAUUUACUAAUUUUUUUUGUCAGCUAGUUUGUCUAUAUCAGCAUAAUAGUCACAAGCUCUGCCCAAGAUAGUCAUUGUUAGACACUGCAGUACAGUCAUCAUUUUAUACUUUAUAAUUUACAAUAAUUUAUCAAAGGCCUUUUUUAAAUAUGAAACUUAAAUUUUUUAAAACCAACAUGCAUUACUUAAUAUUUGAAAAAGUUUGCUGAAAGGAAUGGAUGUGAUUCACACACAGUUUUAUAGGUUUGUAUGACCAGGUGGAUUUGUUUACGUCACCUCUACAGCGGUGGGCUCUUUACCCGUGUUUGCACAGGCCCAUUUUGGGUUAUUGAAAAGGAUGUCAAGGGGUCCGUGAGCUGCGUUUUCUAUUUAAUUUUAUUAUAUGCAUUUAAAUACUUUAUUAUAAGAAUGGGAGGUUGGCUUUCAUCUGACGGACAAAAGCGGUCCGUGGAAUGAAAGAGUUUAAAAGAUCUGUCUGUACUGUUUGGUUCCAUUGCGAGAAAUUCUUUUAAAUUAAGAUGACCUUACUUUAUUUUUUUUCUAAUCUGUUUUUCAUAUUUCUGGAGUUAGGACUAUUUUGAUGAAGUUAUUCAAAUGUUCAGACUCCUGAAAAUCAAUUGAUGAUGUCAAGCUUUUUAGCAGUUUCUAUUUACCGUAAAUAGAUACAACUCAAAUUGUUCUGUGUACAGUCUGUGUAGCUAAAGCUCCUAAAGAUUGAUCCCUCUGAUGCUAUUUUCUGUGUAGAUAUAGCUCCAAUGGAUCCAUCUCUUUGGUGCUACAGUCUGUGUAGAUAUAGCUCCAAUGGAUCCAUCUCUUUGGUGAUACAGUCUGUGUAGAUAUAGCUCCAAGCUCACUUUUAAUGGCUUUAAAUAAAUUGGAUUCUGACAUUUUGUUCCAGCCUGCUUCACACACAUAUCCAUUUAUGUGAAAAUGUUCUGUCUUUUGAACUAUUUUGUAUCCUUCAUCCAAUUUUGUUUAAAUAGUGAAACAGAGAGAAGAUUCGAUUCCUCGACCACCAGCGGUUACAGCUAUGGUUCAGUCAUUCGUAGCAUCAGAGAAGACGUCACCACAAACAAUCGCUUCUUAUCGGGAACACUGGCCUUGUCCCAGCCUGGCCCUGGAGGUCUGUGUAACCAACUGACUCCAGUACAGUAUCUCGUGGACUUCACCUCGUCCUGUAGGGUCACCGUGACACCGCAGCUGUGCAACCCACUCUCUGUUUUGAGUAGCAGGAUUUACAUAGUGUCCUCCACCAUAGCUGGGUGUUCUCAGUCUUUCAAGGUAUUGUUACUAAAACAUUGAGUAGCAGGGUCGAUGUGGUGUCCUCUACCAUUCUUGAGUUUUCUCAAUCUUUUAAAGUUAUUUAACUAAGAGGAUAGAUUAAAUUAGGCAUCUCAAGCCUGUUAGACAUCAGCUGAUGUUGAUACUGGAAUGUUUCAGUUUGUGCUUGGGGGAAUAUGUUGGGCAGGUCAGGGUUCAAAACCUGAUUCUAAAUAUGAAGAGCUGAGUUUAAAAAUGCUGUAUAUCCAUUUUUUUGUACUUUGAGAUUAUUCAAAUUUUACCAAAAAAAAUGACAUUCUGCGUUAGGAGAAUUAAAUCAUUUUUAGACAAGAAUAAAAUAGGAAUAUAAUGUUUUUUGUAAAUAAACUAUACCAUGUCCUAAAGGAACCUGGUUUGCUCUACAAAAAGAUUUGUUUUUUUUAGAAAAUAAGCUCUUCAUAUAUACUGAUCUUCUUCCAUAUGCCAUUUCAUAGUGUAUGUUUUUAGUGUAUGUUUAUCAACCAUUAUUUAGAGUACAUUGUUUACCACUUCCUGUUCACUUCUUUAUAUGCAUUCUCUAUGGAGUUCUCUAUUGACUUAUUCUUUUAUAUUCUCUCCAUGCAAUCAAAAGGUUGCAGUUGUUGGUUGGUUGCACUCUAACCUCUACGCUCCAUCCAAUCAAAAGGUUGCAGUUGUUGGUUGGUUGCCCUAACCUCUACUCUCUAACCAAUCAAAAGGUUUCAGUUAGUGGUGGCUUGCACUCUAACCACUACUCUCCACCCCGACCCCCAUUUUUUCCAGUGCAUACAAAUUGUUGAGUUAUUCUUAUGGGCUCAUUCCACAAAAAUUGAUUGCCUGCUCACCGACUCAUUGAGGGAAACAAAUCCCUCCCCCCUCUUUUAAUCAGUUGAUUAGUGGAUACUGUUAAGAGCAGAAGAGAAAUGGCUAAUUAUGAUGUAAUCUUUAACCAAGCUUUAAAAAGAAUAUUCCAAUGAAUUAUGUGAUUAUGUACCUUUUAAGUAGCACCUGCUGAGGUUUUUAGUAAAAGAAAGUUUACCAACUCAUUUUGGGAAUUUUGCAUGCACAUUUUUCUUUUGCCCGAUAUGCUAAGUAUUAAAUAUCAUCUAGAAAAGAUGGUGAUUAUAAAGUUAAAUUGACGCUGAUGAAUCGUAUUUUGAUUUCAUAAUGUAAAAAACAAAGUAUUGCCAUCUUCCAGGUCGCUCAGACGUUGGAAGGCAAGGCUGCAGCAGUGGCGGAUGUAAGGUAUUACUGUGCUACAAACCUCAGCUCAUAUCUGCCCAGUGGUCAGUCGCAGCCGUCUGCAGGAACUGAGUCCAACUUCCCGUCAACUUUGGCUAAUGUCAACUGUACAGAUGGCUGCUCAGACAGAGUAAGUCAUUUCAGUUCUCUUUGCAUGGCAUUACAGUUAUUUUUGCAGGGCAUUACAGUUAUCCUUGCAGGGCAUUACAGUUCUCUUUGCGGGGCAUUACAGUUAUUUUUGCAGGGCAUUACAGUUAUCCUUGCAUGGCAUCACAGUUAUCUUUGCAGGGCAUUACAGUUAUCUUUGCAGGGCAUUACAAUUAUUUUUGCAGGGUAUUACAGUUAUCUUUGCAGGGUAUUACAGUUAUUUUUGCAGGGCAUUAUGGUUAUCUUUAAAAUACCAGUACUGAAAUUGACGUUGGCAUUGUCAUAUAUUUUGGAAAUACUAUGGUAUUUGAUUUUGUUUCGCUCAGCUAUUCAAGACCAAUCCUUGUUAGACAAAUAUUUGUACAUUAAUUCCAUUAUACCAACAGGCAUGCUGGGAGUACAACACAAACAAAAUGUAUGGCACAGCCCCCACCUUGCCACCGAGAUGUACCUGGGAUGAUGGAUACACGAUACGGACCUCUGGCAUGGAAGCCAAUGAUAUCACUUGUUUCAAUGCUGUCCUAGAAGUUAGGUGAGACAUCACGGCUCAUAUAGGCUUCUCAUACAGAUUAUACAUUUGAUAAAAGACUUAAAGUCAUUAGACUGUUGGCUUUAGCCCUGAGCCACGCCUAAUGAGUUUUUUCUGAGCAUGGAGUGAAUUUGUUUCUGUUGCAUAUAAGUGAUAAGUUGUUCCAACAGAGUAAUGAUUAGUAACUUCAAAACUAUUGGUUGGAUUAAAUUAAUUUUGGUAUCUGCAGUUUAAAAGAUUAUAAAAUAAUUGGGAAGUAAAUUGUGGAACAAAGUAUGUAGAAGCUUAAAAUUGAGAGACAGGACAAUAAAAAGAGAACAUUUCGGUUAAGAGCCUUCCUCGGCAGUCAGGACAAAUGAAAAAAUGUUGUUUCUUAAUUCGUCCUGAAGAAAGCUCUUAGCCGAAAGUUCUCUUUUUAUUUUCCUAUAUUUAUAUUUCAAGCUUCCACACACCUUGUUCCACCAUUUCCUUCACACAGCUUGAAUGCAUGUAUUCUCUUAGAAUUGAGAAACCUACAACACAUAAGUUUUGUUUAGAUGACAGUUAUGCAAACAGAGUGAUUUAAACCCUGCCAGACUAACCUGGAAAAUAUUAAUAUUUUUUGUACAUCCCAUUUUGAAUAAUGAAUGCUAAUCAAAGCAAAAGAAAUAAAUUACUCUUUAGAUUUACGAGGACAUCUUGGUGCAAAUUUUUAGUACCGGGUACAGCACAAAAAAAAUUAUUUUUUUGAAACAGCUAAAGCAUUUUCCUUAACCAAAGGACCGGGCAUAAUCCCCCAUGUUGAUUGGUGGAAAAGAGGCUUAUUUAGCUUAAAUCAUUUACCUUACCAUAUCGGCCGAGUUUUAAGUUUUAGAUUUUUAAUUAUUUUGAAAUCCUGCCAUACUUUAAAGAUUUCAGCAAGUUCUUGUGUGAAACAGUCCUUAAUUAUUCUUGAUGCCCACAUUCGCAGAUACAACUUUGAAUGGGAUGGCUCAGAAAUAACUCAAGUAACUGCUGAUAUCAUUAUGGCAAAUGUGACUGCAGGUGUUGAUCUAAUGCAAAAGUUUGCUGUCACCUGGCAAGCCAGGACCAACUCAACAGUGAGAAAGUCUGACAACUAUGACAACAGUGCUGCCCCCUACCGGAGGUCUGGCACUGCAGGUAAUGAUUUUAUUUUUAAAGCCUCAAUUUGUUGCUGGUCAGACAUUUCAGUUUGUGAAUUAAAAUAACUCUUUUUAGAUCUGUUUAAAUUUAUAUUUUAAAUGGAACUUUAUUUAUUAUAAGUAAUUUAUAAUUACUAUCAUCUUUGAAUAUUAAACGUAACAUUUAAAUAUAAUUCUAAAUCCACAUUGGAUUAAUUAAAGACACAACAUUACCGUGAAUGUAUCUGUAGGUUAUGAUAUGGGCAAAGCAUUGUCCAGUGGCUGUUCUGGACUCAACCGCACCAGUGGUCAGUUCAACUCUGUUGAUGCAAUCAAUGAGAAACAGAUGUCUGUAUUCAGGCCUGGUGAGCAACUGUUUUGUUCAAAUAUCUUAUUUACUAUGUAAUUGCUGGAUCAAGGAAGGUGCAACAAAAAAGCCAGAAAGAUGUAAAAGUAUCAAUAAACCUGGCAAAUUCGGAUCGGUAGAUUGUGAGACUAAGUGGGACAUUGGUAUAUUGGAGUAUUCUUCUGAUAUUAGUAUACACCAUUAUCAUGAACAUUCAACUUGAAUUUCAAAGCAAAAUAUGUUGACAUGAAUCAUGGAUUCAAUUUAUUUUAAUAUGUUGACAUGGAUCAUGAAUUCAAUUUAUUUCAAUAUGUUGUCAUGGAUCAUGGAUUCAAUUUAUUUGCACCAAGGUGCAUGAAAGAGUGUAUAUUUUUAAUAAUUUAUACCACCACUGUCAUGAAAAAGUCAUAACUUGAAUAACAAAGUUAUUUAGAAUGGUAUUAAAAAAAUUUAUAUUCCUAUAAUUUUCCCCAUGACUGGCUUUUAUGUUACAAACACUAUAGCCUGGUGUUCUAAAUGAUGGCAUUUCAGAUAUUCAUAUAUUCAUGAAUACAAACCUACAAAAUAAUUUUUUAUAACAAUAUCUUUCAUUAGAAGAGUUUGAACUGUAAUAUGCAGAUUUAGAGACACUUUCUGUAUACAAAACAAGUAGGAUGAAGCUUUAUUAAUGUAUUGCCUUGAUCAGUUAACACGAUACAUCCAGAAUACCUGAAUUUAAUUAUAAUUAGGAGAAGGAAUUAAUUGGCUGGGGUGGUAGUGUGGUUGAUAAAAGCAUUGGGAAAUUUAAAAAGUUACACAACCUGAUGGAUUUAAACAUAAAUAUUUUCCUUUUGUAAAUUACUGUAAUUUUAAAGAAAUGCAAAACUUUCACUGUUGAUUUGUUUUGACCAAAUAAAGGAUGGACAUAUUUUAUUCCAUCCAUCAAUUUCCUGUCUAGGUGCUGAUGGUUUAUGUGUCAAUGCGGCCAGAAAACCUGUCACUUUUGGUGAUGAUGUCAUGUCUGGAUGUGCCCUGAUAUUAAACUUUGCCACGUUGAAUAAUUCCUGUACAGAAUUGAGGUAUGUUUUUGUCCAGUUUGUUUAAACUGCAAUUUCAAUCAUUGAAAAAAUUACUUAUAAAAAAAACACAAUUAUUUGACUGAAAUAGUUUCUAUCAUUUUGAAACGGGUAGAAAAAAUUAUGUAACCUUCAAUCCUACACUAGCAACAGGAGACCCCUAAAGGUUAGAAACUGCUGGCUCAGGCUCAAUUUUACAUUACUGCCAUUAACUUAAUGUAUGAAAAUCUAUCAUGAGUCUGAAAUUUCUACAUCUUCAGACAUCUGGUGACAAAUCAUCUUAAUGUUCUGAUGUCCUCUGAUGUCAUAGGUCGCUAUGGGUACAAUGACCCUAGUGAUGUCAACAAGUGGGUUCCUGUGUUGAGGUUAGUACCAAUGAUAAUUUUCCUGGUUUAAAAAGGGUUCACCCCAGCCCCCCCGCCCCUGGCCCCCCCUAACUUGCAGAUACUACAUUAUCAAUCAAUGCUGUUCUAAUUCAAUAUAUGAAUACCUUUGCAUGAUAAUGAAGUUUAGUAACUAAGAUAUGUUUGUUUAUAACCCAUUGAAAUAUUAUGUCUUGACAUUACUUCUUUAGAGAAAAGAAUCCUGACCGUAAAAUUAAGAAAAAAUCUCCAAACUGAGAUUUGAAUAUUGUUGGCAUUUUUAUACAUUUUUUAUAAGGCACCAUUCAUCCACAAUGUUGGAAUAGUAAGAAUUAAAAUCACCAUGAGAUAUGGUAUAAAAUAAAAACAGUUGAAAUAUAAAGCUAGUUUUUUUAAGCAUUGUUUUUUGAUUGCUGAAAAUCAAUGUAUACAUUAGAAUGAAGGUUUUCCUUACAUGAUACAUUUUCUAAUCCCUCAGACAAUCCUUGAACAAACAAAAUGACCAGAGUACCAGCACUCCCACCCCCACCACCACGUUAAAUACAACUGCCAACGCCACGCAAGUUAACCAGACUGAGCCGCUUUGGUCCUGGGCUGACACCAUUGCGGGCAUCUGCUUACUGCCAACUGGCAUACACUUCAAUGUUAUGUACGCCCAGACUGGAGCUGUCAAUGGUUAUCCUCGAUAUGAGGUGGUGGGUGCCUACAUCAGGUAAGUAAACUGCUUUUAUAUAAGGUUGUGACAUGUUGGUGGAGUUAUGGAGUUGGACAUCUAAGCUGGAUUCGGAGUCGUUGAAGUUCCUCUGAUUUUUCUGUAAUGUGACUACACUUCUUUAGUUGGAAAUGUGACUCAAAGAGCUGUUAAUCCACAAUCUCUCUAGCCUGUAUUGCUUUUAUUAUUUUAAAUUUGAUAUGCACAUUAACUAUAAUUCUCCCCCCACCUGUAACUUGACAGCUAUACUCAGUCCAACUGGACCAUGGACUGUGCAGGUGCCAACAGACAACGAUGUGACGGCAGCUCCACUCAGAAGUUUCUCCUCACCAGCAGCAUACAAUUCAUUCGU